UACAACAUUCAUGUGUGAUCGUUUAGUGUGCAGUUGGAUAAAUCAGAGAAUUCGGAUAAGAAUGUUUUGAUAUGUUGAACUUACUAUUUUAGGGAGCCCACAAAAUUACGGCCAGUAUAUGGUUUAACACGGUAGGAUGUCGAAACCGGGUGGAUAAUCGGGAUUUCCGAACAAAGGGUUUGCAGAUGUUCGCUGUUUUUUUGCAGUGGGUUGCUCUGACAACCCAUCUGGACCUUAACCCUUUGUUCGUGUCGGUGUCGUACACCAAUUUAACUUUUGUUUUCAAUUUAUCUGAUCGUUAAUCGUUACAUUUAAAUAAUUUAACCUUCUACAAGAGCUGCUGGAAUGCACGACCGAUAAAAUCCUACGAUUCACCAGAAUCACAUUGUUAAAGACGCAUUAAAACAUUUCAGCAGCAAAGAGUAAACGUGGCAAAACGAUAACACCGUAAACCUUCAGGAGGAAAGGCAGCUGGUAAUAUUUCACUGCGACAUCGGGCAGCGGAGAGCCCUGAGCGCGAGCGUCCACCGGCCCGGUUUAACGGGCGCACCGCGUGCGCGGGGAACGAGCUCCGGGUCGCUGUUGUCAGCGACGACCGAAGGGACGCGCGAGCGAUGGACGAGGAGAACACGAGAGAUUUUAGACAGCCAUGUGAACAAUGUUGUGUGAUUAACUGGGGGAUCUCAGAUGAAGGCAAAUUCUUUUGCAAGUCCUGUCAUAAUGUCAUCGAGAAAACAGCAGAUGUUGCCUCUGAAAUCUUUAUGCAAAAUGCAAGAGUGAAUGCUAUUUCCAGAGGACUAAAGAAAAGAAACAAAUUAGAUCGAGGCUGUGAAUGGUAUGUUUGUGAAGGCUUUCAGUACAUUUUGAAUCAGCAGGCUAAGGCCUUGAUAGCCUUGGGGACAUCUCCACUGAUCAAAGAUGAAAUCCUAUGCAAUGUUUGGAGACGUUACUUGCAAAAAAGUCAACAAGCUUAUACAAACAAACCAAUUGCCAUCAUCAGCAAAAAACGGAAGAAUUCGGAAGUCGGUUUGAGCUCAUCAGGAUUUGAUACUGAGACAGACACAUCAUCCUUGCACGGAUUUUCAUUGUCUGAAAAUAAUUCUGAAAGUGCCAGUCAAGACAACAGUCAUUCAGAUUCAUUCAGAAAUGCAGAGGACGAAACAUCAUCAAUACUAUCCGGAUCUGUUGAUGGCAGCCUACAUGUACGUGCUGCACAUAGUAAGAGAUUACUGAUGUCUAUGCCUAUGACACUGGCAUUUUGUUAUUUGGCACUGUUGUGGCUCAGAGAAUCAAUUACUCUUUCCGAUCUCCUACAGUUUGUUUCAGAGCUGCAGUUACCAUAUAUAAAUGCUUUCCAGUAUUUUCCUGAAGAGAUGAAACUUUAUGGACCAGACAUCCGCAUCUUUCAAGUACAGUCUAUUCCAUCGUAUGAUGAGAUCCAAAGGAAAAUGCGCCAACUUGCUGAAUUUUUGGAUAUGCCUCAGUUUCCUGAAAUAACUGAGAAAUGUUUCCUCCAUCCAAAUUUGCUCUGUAUCAAAUAUUUGUUAGCAGCUAACUUGCCAGAGAGUAUGCAUAUUUGGACACAAAGAUUGGUGAAGAAAAUGGGCAUUGGUGAGGUGAACUAUCUGACCUUUCAUCCAUUGUCGAGAGGGGCAAAAUCAAUCAAUUAUGAAAUUCAGGCUGCAGCCGUGAUUGUGAUUACCCUGAAACUACUGUUUGUGCUAGAUGACAAACAUGAAUGGUUGCUAUCUGACAGAGCAGAGGAGCUAAACAAGCAAAACCAUGAAGGCAUUAAGCACUUUCGGUUCAGCAAAUGGUAUAAAGUAAUGAAAAGCUGUUUGGAUGAAAGUGAAAAGAAAGCGGAAGAGCAGAAAGCCAGGUACCUGUGGAAGUGUGAAAAACCACUUUUUUCCAUAAAGAACCAAGCAGUAGUCCACAAAAGGAAACGCAUUAUCCACAGUCUUACGAAACAAUUUGUUAAACUUACUUCCCAGCCAGCAUUUGAAAAGAGAGAACCUUCCAGUUUCUGCUUCAUUUGGAAGCAAAGCAGCCUGGAGAGACAGAGCUUUCAUGAAGACAGCCUCGUUGGAUAUGAUAAUGAAAAAAGUGAAAAGAUUGUAAAUGUCAAUCAACGCUACUGGCUCACCUGUCUGAAAAUCUGCAAUGAGAAGUCCUGCAGACACCUGACCAAGACUGAAAUGAAGUACUUUCCUGGUAGUUACCGAUUUGUGCUGAACCUUUUCUCUUUCCUGCUUGGAGUAGAGUUCUCCUCAUUAUAUAAUGAAGUUUGUCAGUUGGAACAUAAACUUUUUGAUAUGCCAGAAACACUGAAAACUGGAAAAAUAGACAGGAAAUUGAAAUAAUUUGACUAAGAGAAAAUAUAGUGUAUUUCAUACAGCUCGUUCAUUGACAAUUAAGUUUUGAGCUGUUUAACUAAAAAUUGCUGAGGUAUCAAUUUUUAUUGAAGAUUGACUUUAAAUUGUUUUGAUAAUAAACAGUUGCAUCUGGGAUGAAAAAUGUAAAUAAAUGAAAAUAACUAUAUAUA